AUGAACAACUACUAUGGAACCCAGCUCUCCCAAGAGGAGAUGCAACGCCGGCAGGCGCUCCUUGCCGCGCAGCAACAGAGGCAGCGGAAUCAGCCGCCCAACGUGAACAUCGCCGCGGCCAAUGCUCAGUCCUUCGCACAGAUGGGUCCCAUGUCCGCCAUGAGCGAUGCACCCAUGACCGGUGCCGACUCGCUCGACGAUAUCAUCCGCGAAAACUCUCAACAAAUACACAGGAGGCGCAGCCUGCCCCAGUCCUAUAACCCGAACAACAUCGGCCAAGGCGACGCGGAUAGGAGAAUUUCCAUGCUGAACUACAACCAGGACCCCAACAACCCCUUCAAGGACUUCCGGUUUGAUGGCAUGGGAGCGCAAGCGGGUGGUAUGCAAGGGAACUUCUCCGAUAUGGAUACGAGCAUGGGCCUCGGAGACGGUUCUGGCGGUUUCGGGCAUCCAGGCAUGAUGCAGCUGCCACCCUCGGGCGACUUUGCCAACAUAUCCUCCGAGAUGAUGGGUAACAUGAUGGCCUUUUCGAACCUCAACAUGAACACCCUGCAAAACGGCCCCAACUCGGCCGCAGACAUGUUCAACUCUUCCGACAUGAACUCGCAAUUUAACCCCAAUGUCUUGAAUGCUAUGGGGGGAGACUUCUCGAUGGACACGAGCGUCGACAGUGUCCCUAUGAGCGCCUCCAGUACCACUGGUCCGACACCCUUUGCGGUAGAUGCCAAGGCGGACGACAGCAUGUUAUCCAUGGACCAGGGAUUCGACCCCCAGGAUGUCAUGCAUACGCCUCACCAACAGUCCAACCCCGGCGCGCAGGGGUACGCCCCAUCGGUCCCAACCCUAUCACGGGAGACUUCGAAUGCGACGAGCUUUCAGUCUCCAGCCUCGGCGCAGAGCACUAGGCCUAGCAUGACCCCGACGACAUCAUCUGGUGUUGGAUCGGGCGUACAGGCUGGACCCCAGCCGCCACCGGACAUCAAGACCGAGAAGAGCAUCUACUCCAAGAGCGGCUUCGAUAUGAUACGAGCUCUCUAUUACGUUGCUGCCAGGCCUAAUCCCGAAGUCCAGCUUGGAGCUGUAGACAUGUCCUGCGCCUUCGUCGUCUGCGACGUCUCUUUGAAUGACUGCCCCAUUGUCUACGUGUCGGACAACUUUCAGAACCUCACUGGCUACAGUAGGCACGAUAUCAUGGGACAAAACUGCCGGUUCCUCCAGGCACCCGACGGAAACGUGGAGGCUGGCACCAAGCGCGAGUUUGUCGAGAAUAGCGCCGUGUAUAACCUCAAGAAGAAGAUCCAUGAGGGCAAGGAGGUUCAGCAAAGCCUGAUCAACUAUCGAAAAGGAGGCAAGCCGUUCCUCAACCUGCUCACCAUGAUUCCCAUCCCGUGGGACACAAAGGAUAUCCGGUAUUUUGUUGGCUUCCAGAUCGAUCUCGUCGAGUGUCCCGACGCUAUUUCAGGCCAGGAGAUGGGCGGCGUGCAGGUCAACUACAAGCACAGCGAUAUCGGGCAGUAUAUCUGGACACCGCCAAACUCGAGUCAGUGGGAGCCGGAGAACGGUCAGACGCUAGGCGUCGACGACGUGUCGACCCUCCUGCAGCAGUAUAACCCCAAGGGUGUCGUGUCAGAUUGGCACAAGCAGUCCUGGGACAAGAUGUUGCUGGAGAACACCGACGAUGUCGUUCACGUUCUAUCCUUGAAGGGCCUUUUCUUGUACCUCUCGCCGUCAUGCAGGAAGAUCCUCGAGUAUGAUACGAAUGAUCUCGUCGGAAAUUCUCUGUCCUCCAUCUGCCACCCCUCCGACAUCGUGCCGGUGACCAGGGAGCUCAAGGACACGCAGGCUGGCAGCCCCGUCAACAUCGUCUUCCGUAUCCGCCGGAAGCAGAGCGGAUAUACGUGGUUUGAGAGCCACGGCUCGCUAUUUGUAGAGCAGGGCAAAGGUCGCAAGUGCAUCAUCCUAGUGGGGCGCAAGCGUCCCGUCUUUGCGCUGCAUCGACGCGAUCUCGAGGCCAACGGCGGCAUCGGAGACAGCGAGAUGUGGACCAAGCUAUCCACUUCUGGCAUGUUCCUCUACGUCUCGUCCAACGUCCGCUCGCUGCUUGACUUGCAACCCGACCAGCUCGAGGGCACUAGCAUCCAGGACCUCAUGCGAAAGGAAACCCGACCAGAAUUCGGCCGAUGCAUCGAAAAGGCCAGGAGGGGCAAGAUUGUGACUUGCAAACACGAAGUCCAGAAUCGGAGAUGCCAAGUACUCCAAGCACAAACCGUGCUGUACCCUGGCGAUGCCGGUGAAGGGCAGAAGCCGACAUUUGUCCUGGCACAAACCAGGCUCAUCAAAGCAUCGUCCCGCCACUUGCCGCCUCCUUCAUCCACUACCAAGUCGACGCCGUCCUCGGGGGGUGCUCCCGACGACCGGAGCGUUGUCGGCGGUGGACGCGUUGCCGAAACCAACAACAACGUGAUCUCUUCUGCCGCCUCCAAGGGCGCAGUGCGCCUGGGUAAUCAGGACGAGGCGCUGGCUUCCGACGACAACAUCUUUGACGAGCUCAAGACGACGCGUUGCACAAGCUGGCAGUACGAGCUGCGGCAGAUGGAGAAGAUCAACAGGAUAUUGGCUGAGGAGCUUGUCCAGCUUCUGACAAACAAAAAGAAGAGGAAGAGGAGAAAGGGUGUUGGCAACAUCGUCCGAGACUGCGCCAACUGUCACACACGGAAUACGCCGGAAUGGAGGAGAGGUCCCAGCGGGCAGCGCGACUUGUGCAAUAGUUGCGGGCUGCGGUGGGCAAAGCAGAUGAAGACUGGCCGAGUGUCCCCACGCAACUCAUCCCGCGGUGGAAACGGUGACACCCACUCAAGAAAGUCGAAUUCGCCAUUGCAUUCAUCGCCUCUCCAUCACGAGGCCUCGGCCGAGAGCGGGAGCAGCGUUGCUGACGGUUCCUCCAAACGUCCCAGCCAUGGUCACUCACGGUCCAAGGGCGGGAACAGCCCUAUCGAUAACGGGACCAUCAAUCCCGCGGGCCUGAACGCCCCUAUGCCGUCCGCAUACACGGGCAACAUGCCGCCGCCGCAAAGUCAACCGCACCUUGCUGGCGGAAGGGGAGUAUCUGGGACGGGUAUGGCGAUGGCUUCGAUCCGGGAGGAAUGA